UAUCUCUUGCAUGUGUGUUAGGAUAUUUAGGCCUGCAGAGAAAGACAUCUUCGUAAAGAUCACAGCACACCGUGAACCUGCACUGAUCAUCACCGGCAAACCUGUGCGUGGUGUGGAGGGCUUGCUCAUCUCAUCUCAUCUCAUCUCAUUAGCGCGAGACACGUCGGCCAGCGCGCGACAACUGGUCAAAGGCUGAAAGGCACCACUGCUCAGCCUGAUGAUGAUGAAAAGGAGGAUGAUGAUGGUAGUGUGGUCCAUCCCCAUAGACACCAGUAGUUUUGUGUGAGGGCUUUAGACACCUGGAAUCAGACUAAAGGACCACCAAAGAGUCGAGGGGUGGAGAGGAUGUCUGUGAGUACACCGAAUUCAGCCCCGCCUCCUAAAAAGAGCCGGGGCAAACAGGAAACAGAGUCUCUACAGGCAGCCAAUGAGGAGCUCAAGGCCAAACUAAGUGAUGUACAAAAUGAGCUGCAGCAGGAGAGGGGAAAGGUAUGUAAGCUGCGUGAGCGGCUGCAGGAGCUACGGGCUCAGCGGGAGGCUGAACAGCACAGGCAUGCAGUUGCACAGACCGAGCUGCGGGUGAAGCUACGAGAGGAGAAGCAGCGUGAGGUUGCAGCUGUGCGUGACUCUCUGAGCCGGCAGCAUGAGGCCGAGUUAGCCCGUGCUGCCCGCUUGCGCCAGUCUGAGCUUGGGCGCCUGCAGGGCCUGGUGAAUGCCCUGCGCAAUGGUGGCAAUGGUACUGCUGAGUUGAGGGAGGAGGCACGUGAGGAGGCACGCAGGAACUAUGAGGCUGAGAGACUUAAACUGACACAGGAGCUGCAAGAGGCCAAAGCAGCACGCAGACAGGCUGAGGAAGCACUGACCAACGCUGUGCAGGCUGAUAAAGCAAAAGCAGCUGAUCUCAGAGUAGCACAUCAGGCCCACCAGGAGGAGAUCCAGAGGAUUAAACGUGACAGCCAGAAGGAAGUCCGCAGGCUGAUGGAGGAGCUGCGGGGGAGGGACCGUGUUGUACAGACUUUGGAAAAGGAGCUUGGUGUGCAGGCGGGUCAGACUCAGCGCCUACUGCUGCAGAAAGAAGAGGCUGAGCGGCACCAUGGCAGCCCCAAGAGGGAGGUGGCUCCUGCCCUCGGAGAGAACACAGAUGCUGUCCUUAACCAGGAAGUAGAUGAGAGGGACACUCGCAGAUUCCAGCUUAAGAUCGCUGAGCUGCAGGCUGUCAUCAGGAAACUGGAGGACAGAAACACGCUGCUGUCAGAUGAGAGGACUGAACUGUUAAAGCGUGUGCGAGAGACAGACGGACAAAUGAAACCACUGUUAGAGAAGAACAGACGGAUGAGUAAAAAGAACGAAGAGCUUUUGCAGACCCUGCAGCGCAUGGAGGACAAGCUAAAAUCCCUCAGCCGUGAGAACGCUGAAUUAAAGGAGAAGACAAUCAUGGACAUCCAGCAAACAGUGCUGAAAAGGACCAGCUCUCUGACAGACCUAAGCCACGCCCACGAGGAGCAGGAGGUGGAGUUUCUGCGGCUUCAAGUCAAUGAACAGCGCAACGUCAUUGAGGAGCUUACUCAGGAGCGGGAUCGAUUGAUAUUCAACAAAAAGAACAAGAGGAAAAAUAUCAAAUUGCCAAAGAGGCAUGUUGUGGAGACAUAUUUUGGAUUUGAUGAGGAGUCCAUAGAUUCAGAAACGUCGUCUCUGACAUCAUACAACACAGACCAUACACCGGCCACCCCAGAGGAGGAGCUUGAAGAGGCCUUCUCAAGAGAGGAGGCGGAGCUUCGUUUCCGGCAGCUGACACGAGAAUACCAGGCACUUCAGCGAGCAUAUGCUCUCCUCCAGGAGACCACAGGCCCCCUUGACCCAGAGAGACACUGCAGAACGCGGGACCAGCUGCAGGCGGAGCUGAACGCCUGCCAGGCGAGGAACGCUGACUUGGAGAGGAGCCUGGCAGAGAAGGGGCAGGUAAAGGAGAAAAUGGACAAGGAGAAGAGGCACCUGGCAUCUUGUGACUCAAAGUGGGUGGAAGAGAAGCAGAAUCUCAUUAGGAUAAAUCAGGAACUAAGAGAAAAGAUAGAGUUACUGGAACAGUCUGAGCUGCGUUUGCGAUCCGAAGUGAGAGACACACAAGACCAAAAUGAGCUGCUGGAGUUCCGCAUACUCGAACUGGAAGAGAGGGAGCGGCGAUCUCCUGCCUAUAACUUGCACAUCUCUACCACGGAAAACAGCAGCAGCCUGCAGCUUCACUGCCAGCGGGAGGGUAUCAAGGUGCACACACCUACAUUCAGCUGCAUACACAUGCAGGAUGUCAUUAUUCCUGAACUCAUGAAAAAGCUGGACAUCCUAGGUGACAAUGGGAACUUGCGAAAUGAGGAGCAGGUCACCGUGAUCCAGGCGAGCACCGUGCUGUCUCGCUGUGAGAAGUGGCUGAAACAGAUAGACAGCACAGAGGCAGCACUUGCACAGAAGAUGAUCGAUCUUGAGAAUGAAAAGGAGCUGUUCAGUAAGCAGAAGGGCUUCCUGGAGGAGGAGCUAGACUACAGAAAGCAAGCCUUAGACCAUGCCAAUCUGAGAGUGCAGGAGCUGGAGGCUACGCUCUAUGCUGUGCUGCAGCAGGAUCCAAAUGGCCGGUUGAGUGAAAGUUUGAGCGAGAGGCAGAGGGCGGAGCUAGCGGAGUCAAUGGAGGCGGUGCGGAGGCAGAUCCUCAGACAGAGCCGCCAUGCUGACACGCUGAUCUUACAGCAGCGCAUGGAGCUCCUCCAGUCGGCACAACAGAGGAUCAGAGAGUUGGAGGACAAGAUCGAUAUGCAGAGACGACAAAUCAAAGAGAUCGAAGAGAAGUUUUUAUUUCUGUUCCUGUUUUUCUCUCUAGCUUUUAUUCUUUGGCCUUAAACACACACACACACACACCUUACUGUCUCUCUCUCUUUCUCUCUUCUCACACACACACACACACACACACACACACACACACACACACACAGGUGCAGUAUCUGAAUGGAAGUAACGGACUCCUCCUUUUCCCUACUGAACUCUGGUCAAACAUUCCUCAGUUAUUUUAUGAUCUUUUUAAUAUUUUUAUGCAUUUUCAAUGAGUCAAAAAUAACAAUGACAACAACAACAACAACAACACACAUCCAGGUAAUGCUGCUCCACUCAGUCUCUCUUAAGUAAAUCUAAAUAUAUAAAGUGAUAUAAUUUUAACUGAAAUAUUUGUUAUAAUAAGUAUUUAAAACACACAUCAACACUUGUCUAAAUAUCUGCUUUUAGUUUCAAUAAAUAAAGUUGUAUUUUCUUCA